AGAGCAUAUUUGAGUACCGUCGUGCCACGAGCGCGCAGUAGUGUGCAGUAGUGACACUGUGCGCGAUAGUGCGUACGUGUGUGUUCCGCCCGUAGUAUCAGUAAAAAUAUGCAAAAGUAUGAGAAGCUCGAAAAAAUAGGAGAAGGCACUUAUGGCACCGUAUUCAAAGCCAAGAAUCGCGAGACACACGAAAUUGUUGCCCUGAAGCGGGUGCGACUGGAUGAUGAUGAUGAAGGUGUACCAUCGUCAGCUCUACGGGAGAUCUGUCUUCUGAAAGAACUCAAGCAUAAAAAUAUAGUUCGUCUCUAUGACGUGCUGCACAGCGAUAAGAAGCUUACCUUGGUGUUUGAGCACUGUGAUCAGGAUCUCAAGAAAUACUUCGACAGUCUGAAUGGAGAGAUUGACCUGGACGUUGUGAAAUCAUUCUUAUAUCAAUUGUUAAGAGGACUAGCAUUUUGCCAUAGCCGUAAUGUUUUGCACAGAGACCUUAAACCGCAGAACUUACUCAUCAACAAGAAUGGGGAGCUGAAGCUCGCUGAUUUUGGUUUGGCAAGAGCAUUUGGUAUCCCUGUAAAAUGUUACUCGGCGGAAGUUGUAACAUUAUGGUACCGUCCCCCGGAUGUUCUUUUCGGAGCAAAAUUAUAUACAACGUCCAUUGACAUGUGGAGUGCGGGAUGCAUAUUCGCUGAAUUAGCGAAUGCUGGCAGACCACUCUUUCCUGGAUCGGAUGUAGACGAUCAAUUGAAAAGAAUAUUCAAAAUGCUGGGCACACCAACUGAAGAGACGUGGCCAGGUUUAACGGCACUUCCGGACUACAAACCAUUCCCGCAAUACCAUCCUACUCAAGGAUUAGCACAGGUUACACCCAAACUCACUUCAAGAGGCAAAGACUUACUCCAGAGAUUAUUAGUGUGUAAUCCGAAUCUACGGCUGACAGCGGAGGAAGCGAUGGCACAUCCAUACUUCAACGACUUGAACCCUGCCAUAAAAAACGACCGAUGCCAAUAGCGAGUCAUUCCUCUUAGCUUUAAUCGAUCAAAAGCAUAUUACGGCGCAUACAAUGCGCAGCGACCAAAAAGUGAAAAGAAAAACGCUCUAAUAAUGAGCGAGUUUAAGUUGACAAAGCGGGUAGUCCUGCUCAUCGAGCGAUUGAACAUAAUUGAUUCUUCUGUUGAUUAAUCAUAUUCAAUUGCUCGGCAAGUAGACCUGGCCAUUUUGCUGGCUUGAACUCGCCCAAUGAUCGUUUGUUUAUAUAUAUAUAUAUAUAUAUAUAUAAAGCUCGGAUGAGAUGAUCGCUCCUCCCCUUUCCACGACAAGAAGACACUGACAGUCUUGUCGUUUUUGUAAUAAUGGCAAGGAAGAAUCAAUAAAUCGUUAUUUUCAUUCCCUGACGGUACAACUUCCUAGCGAAAGUAAGAAUUCUAUGGUCAGAAAGAAAAGAUGCAGUAUUUCAUACGCUGUCGAAGUUGCGACUGAUGAGUAUGAGGAUUUUACGCAAAUUUAAAUAGGAUAUUAAGCGCGAUUUAUUUAUUAUUAAAUUAUUAUGUCAAUAAACUUAAUAUCUUAAA